AUGCCGCACAAGCAGCUUGAAUUGGCGUCCUGGAGUAUCUCACGUCUCGCAGGUCCACACGCUUCAACGGCUCGUCAACAGGCGCCUACAACUCUGCUUCCAGCACUUAUUUCGGGUGGGAGUGUUGGUCUAUUUACUGGCGCCGGUGUUGGCUCUGACGAUGCUGAUUCUCGCGGUGGAGCCUCAUGUCGCCUUGCUGUUUCCCUACCUUGGGGCACACAGACCCUGGCCAUGACGCUAGCUCAGAAUUGGGGCAUGGAACAAACAUGCAGAGUUCGCCUCCGUGUCUGUUUCCGAGGCCUUGAUAUUUCUACUGACAAAAUAGUCUUAGUUAGUGCAUCCUGA